AUGAAAGAAAUUCCAGUUGAGGAAAUAUACAAAAAAGACGAUAAACUCAAAAAAGAAGAUGUGCUGUCUUUAAUGGAAUGGAUAGAAAAGCAGCCACAUUUGCCUAAAAUUUCAGAACUGCAGAUAGCACUUUUUCUCCAUAGUUGUUAUUAUAGCAAUGAAGCUGCCAAAUAUACCAUCGAUACAUAUUUUACUGUCAAAACGUUAUGUCCUGAUAUUUUUGGAUCCAAAGAUAUUAAAAACGAUUAUUUACUUCAAAGAGCAAUGAAAACUGUAUUUGUUGGUCCUAUUCGUGAACCUUCGACGAAUGAUAUAAUUCUGUUUGGAAAGCUGAUGGACUGCAAUCCAGAUAACUACGGGUUUGCUCCCCAACUGAACUUAUUUGAUUUGACUACCAUAAUAGAUUAUAUCGAAAACGGACCAGCCGAUGGUUGUCAUAUUGUGAUAGAUAUGAAGGGAGUCGUUUUUGCACAUUUUCUUAAACUCAAUCCAGUUGUUAUGAAGAAAUUUUUAUAUUAUUUACAGGAAGGAAUGCCGAUAAGACUGAAAACCUUUCACUUUAUUAAUAUUGUAUCGUUUAUGGACAAAAUUUUAGCCUUAAUGAAACCGUUUAUGAAGAAGGAACUGAUUGAUGCGCUACAUCUUCAUACGGAUGCCGAAUCUGCAUUUAAAUAUAUCCCUAGAGAAAUGUUUCCUCGGGAGUAUGGAGGAUCUUGUGAGUCAUCAGAAAUAUUACAAGAGAAAUACAGGUGUAAAAUUAUGGACAAUCCAGAUUUUAUUGCCCAUCUGACUAAUCAAAUUGUUGAUGAAUCCAAAAGACAAGGAAAGCCAAAGAACGCUGGAGAUAUAUUCGGUGUAGAAGGAAGCUUCAAAAAACUAGAAGUCGACUAA